CGGGCGGUGGGGGCUGAGGCGGGCAGUGCGUGCGCGAGGAGCGGCGGGAGCGCAGCGGCGGCGGCAGCAGCAGCAGCGGGGGGCUCGCGCGGCGGCCGUUGGAAGGGCGGGAAGGGCGCGCGCCGCGCCGAGGCGGGAAGAGUCCCCCUGAGGCGGGAAGGGCCCUGAGGUGAGGGCUUCGGUCAAGUUGGUGGGUACUUCUCCAGAAGGCGAUGGACCAUGCGAGAGCAGCCAUCUCGAACUUGUUUAGUGGCGAGCCGAUGUCGUACACGCGCUUCAGCAUUGCCCGGCAAACGGAUGGAGACAACAGCCAUGUGGAGAUGAAGCUGUCUGCCGACGAUGAGGAAGGAGGAGAGGCUGGGAGGCCCGAGCACCUGCAUGCCCAUGUGGCUCAGCCGUGGAGGAAUGGCAAGAACCUCUGCUUCCUACUCAUUGCGGCUUUUCUCCUCCUUUUGAUUGGGUUUCUGAUCGGCUACUUGAGUUAUCGGGGACGAAUGCAGCUGGCUGCCAAGUGUCUAGAGGGAGGUGGCAAGUGUGAGGUGACUCCUACUGCAUCUUACUUAGCGGAUGGUGAUGAAACUGAGGAAGAGGAAGUUCCAGGACCACCUAUCCUCUACUGGCCUGAUCUUAAGAACCUGUUGUCAACUAAGCUGUCAGACAGGCGUCUUGAGGAGAACUUGAGGCAAAGGGCAAACAAGAACUCCUUUGAAGCUGGCCAGAGUGAAGAUGAGAACAUGGCCAUCUACAUUCAUGACCUGUUCAAGAGCUUCUUUUUGAAUCAAGUGUGGAAGGAUAAGCACUAUAUAAAGCUGCAGGUCAAAGGCAGCACCAAGAACAAAGUGUCUGUUGUGGAAGAUGGUAAAGAAGAGGAACUGGAGACUCCUGAUGCAUAUGUGGCAUACAGUGAGACCGGCACAGUUACUGGCAAACCAGUCUAUGCAAACUAUGGACAGAAAGAAGAUUUUCAGAAGCUAGAGAAGUCAGCGAUUGAACUGAAUGGAACCAUCGUCAUUGUCAGAGCUGGAAAAAUAACCCUUGCUGAGAAGGUUGUGAACGCCAAGGAGAAAGGAGCAGUUGGUGUGCUGAUGUACCUGGAUCCGUACAAGAACACAGACGACCUUGUCCCGUUUGGGCAUGCCCACCUUGGAACUGGAGACCCUUACACCCCAGGCUUUCCUUCUUUCAACCACACCCAGUUUCCUCCCAUUGAAUCUUCAGGACUACCCCACAUUGCUGUUCAGACCAUCUCUAGCCACGCAGCGAGCAGGCUGUUCAGCAAAAUGGAUGGAGAGUCAUGCCUUCCCCAGUGGAGAGGUGGACUUCUGGUCUGUAAGAUGACGGUGAGGAGCGACAAGCAGCUGACGGUGAAACUGGAAGUGAACAAUGUCAUGGUGGACAGGAAGAUUCUGAACAUCUUUGGUGCUAUCACAGGAUUUGAAGAACCAGAUCGGUACGUGGUGAUCGGAGCCCAGAGAGACUCCUGGGGCCCAGGAGCAGCCAAGGCUGGCGUUGGAACUGCUAUAUUGUUGGAACUUGCCCGUGUCAUCUCGGACAUAGUGAAAAAUGAAGGCUACAAACCGAGGCGAAGCAUCAUCUUUGCCAGCUGGAGUGCGGGAGACUACGGCGCUGUGGGUGCUACUGAAUGGCUGGAGGGGUACUCAGCCACGCUGCAUGCCAAAGCUUUCACUUACAUCAACCUGGAUGCUGCAGUCCUGGGCACAAACGACAUCAAGAUUUCUGCUAGCCCCUUGCUGUAUGCACUACUGGAGAGAACUAUGAAGGGGGUAAACGAUCCAUUAAUAAGCUCGAGAAAGCUCUAUGACAAAGUUGGCUCCAGCUGGGUAAAAUCAAUCGUUCCUUUUGGCCUAGAUAAUGCAGCGUUCCCUUUUCUGGCGUACUCUGGAAUCCCAGUGGUGUCCUUUGGUUUCUACAAUAAAGAUGAGGACUAUCCCUUCCUGGGCACUACUCAGGACACUGUGGAGAACCUGAAGGCGAUUAACAGUCUGUACGCUCAUCUGCGUGCUGCUGCGGAAGUAGCUGGACAAAUAGCUCUCAGGCUAACCCAUGACCAUGAGCUCUUCCUAGACUUUGGGAGAUACAGUGAGGAACUGUUAGCGUUCCAGGAGAAGUUUCUGGUCUACGAUCAGGAUGUGAAGGAGCUGGGGCUGAACUUAGACUGGCUGUUUCUUGCCCGUGGCGACUUCCAGCGAGCUGCAAAUGCGCUGAGAAGAGACAUUGAAAACAGUGACAAGGAAAACAAGGUCAUCCGCAGAGCCCUGAACGACAGGAUCAUGAAGGUGGAGUAUGACUUCCUCUCCCCGUUCCUCUCACCGAAAGAUGCUCCCCUUCGCCACAUCUUCUUCGGCAAAGGCUCCCACACCCUGCAGAGCCUGCUGGACCAUCUGCAGCUGCUGAAAACCAGCAGGAGCAAGGUGGAUUUGAACAUGCUGAAAGAGCAGCUGGCCCUGGCGACCUGGACCAUUAAAGGGGCUGCCAAUGCGUUAGAGGGUGAUAUUUGGAAUACAGACAACACAUUCUAGACACAGCAAACACCUGGUUAAGGUACAGGAUUAAGGAAACCCACUCCCUAACACGGCAUUAUUUUUCUGUAGAGGAUUUUUUUUGGCAACAGACCUCUUUUUGACCAAAAUUGAAGAUAAAAAUUUAAAUCUCACCUCACAAAUUCACAGGAGGCAGUUUAAAAGCAGGUACUAAAAUUUCCAUGAAAUCUUUUCUGACCAGGCUCCCAUCUGACCAUAGUCCAACCCGGUCGCGUACGGCUGCUUUGUGGGGUUUGCUCUCUGGUAUACUUGAGAACUAACAGCUCGUGUGAAUCCUGAACCGGUACCUUGAGUGGGGAGGUACCAUAUCAUAUGUUUAUUUUUUAUUCUUGGCCUCCUAAAUGUGGUGACAGAACAGGGAACGGAUUCCUCUACUGCUUGUAGCUUGUAGUAAGGAUUUUUUUUUCUCUGUCCAGGGAGCUGCAGACAUCAACCUAUAGUUCAAGAGUAGAACAGCUUACUACAGCAGCUUAAUACUAGCCUGUAAGUGCUGGAUUAGCAGCAAGCUCUGAAGUGCCCGGCCUGCCUUUUCUCAACAGCAGCCCUCCAAUAAAAUCUUGGAGGCUUGCUCCUGCAAAGGCAGGUCCCGGCACCCAGGGAAGAUAACCCAAAGACUGCAUAACGCCCCAUCUGGUCUCCUUACUCGGCACCGCCGCGAGUGCUGCAGCAUUGAGAAAUGGCUCAGGACUGGCACUUCAGACCUUGCUGUGCUGGGGCCUCUUGCGAAAUCGAGUCUCUUGCUGGCCAAACACUGUUUGGCUGAUGCCAUUUUUGCAGGGUGGCUCUUGUUUGGCACUGAGAUAUUUAUUUGUUUAUUUAUUUAUCAGUGACAGUGUUCACUAUAAAUGGUGUGGUUUUUUUAUAGAAGAUAAUUAUCGGAAGCAGUGCCUUCCAUAAUUAUGACAGUUAUACUGUCGUUUUUGAAUAAAGCAGCAUCUGCUAUUACAAUCAAACAUGAUACUGGAACUUUGCAUUUAACAUAAUCUAAACAAGCCCCCCCACCUACUUUAAUCUUUAUUUUUUUGUUUUGUUUUAAAUAGCAGUUAAAUUUUCUGUGGCUUAAAUGCCCCUCUGGCAGUAACCUGAUGGUGCAAACCUGGUAACAAGCCUCGGGGUUGCACUUCAGAACAAUCCUUGAAAUGCUGAAAAUCUGGGUGGAAACUCAAAUACUGCAAAUUUGGUUUUCCUGAGUUGCCUCUGCCUCUCUGGGCUUAGGACUCCCUCUUCUCCCCCCUUCCUGGCAGCUUUUCUCCCCACAAGGGGGCACAGCUUCCUUCCUGGCCGGGGCGGAGGGGCAGAGGCACCCUGAGCAGGGCUCAUUGUGUAGCUCUUGCUCCACCCACUGCAGCACACACAAAGUAUCUCGGAUUAGGCAUUGGCCCAAUUUUCAAUGGCAGCUUCCUGCAAACUUCCAGUACCUUAUGUAUCAUGAAACCUAACUGACAUUAUCGGAGGCAGUGUCUUCCAUAAUGUGUAAAGAACAAGGUAGUUUUUGCCUACCACAGUGUUAUAUCGGAGGCAGUGACCUCCAUAUGUUGCACUAUGGGUGUACGUAAUUAUCGGGGACAGUGUUUCCCAUAAUUGUUUUAUGCUUAUCAUGCAAUGUCAUCUGCAAAGCUGGAUGGUUAGUAUCUAACAUGGAUUAACUUCCCGCAGUCAUUUCUUUCACUCUCCUGUGGUGAUGCGAAUACAAACCUCGGCCUGUUAUGUACUUCUCUAGACUCUGCCUUCUCUCUCAGCUGAGCUUUCUCAUAGCUGUGCUGUCUUGAAGUGAUGUCCUGCCCUCGGUCCUGAGACUGGUGUUUGAAUGUUAGUGGAAGCUAGGCUAGGUAGAUCGUGUGCUCUGUGAUUUAGUGAACUUCCUUCCAAAGACUUGGUGAGCUCGUGCUAGGUCAGCGUACUACUGAAAGGAAGAACUCAGCCUGCUUUGGCAGUCCAAAAUUUAACGGGCACGGUGGGUUUUCAUCGGUCUUUCUGGAAGCCUUAGGUCCAGGCUUGUGCAACUCCUACCUCUUCUUUAAGUAUCCUGCAUGUGUGUAGCGCUCUCUGUGUUAAGGUUUUUUAGUAUCACUUCUCCACAUGGCAGCUACACGAUGCUGCCUACGAGUCUUCACCGCAGCAUUUGUGUGCGUUUUGAUAGCAUGUUUAAUCGUGUGCUUUGUAACCUGCAGAGGAUGAUUAAAGCCUGGCUGGGGGGAGCUGCUGUGGCUCCUGGGGUGCCGAUACCCCUUCCUCAGUCCUGGCAGCGGACGUGGUGUGGGGUAUAACGCCUGUUUGUAGGCUACCUGCUGUCUGCUUCAAUAAAGUUGUAAAGCUUCAACACUCAA